AUGUCUGAAGGACUUCUGACCCAAGAACAGGCCGUUUCAGAGCUCCUGGCCUUCGUCUUUUCCGGCGCCAUCGGUUCUGCCAAGGGGAAAGCCGUGGGCUACUCUCUGGUCGCUGCAAAGCCCACUGAAUUUUCGUGGUGGGUGGCCUUGGAGGAUAUCGACGGGCCAGACGUGCCUCUUGACCGGUACUGCGUCAAACUCGACAGACGAUCCAGGCAAAUUUCGCCCCCCGAACCCGUCGUGCUUUCGAAAGAAGAGUUGUCGGAUGCAAUUCUGUCCGCCACUGGACAGCACCUAGCCUCAUCUGCCAGGUUCACCGAUGGUGCACUGAGCAUCUCCUACAAGGUCACUGUACAAGAGACUCCAGAUGUCGCCUACGUGGUACAGCUACGCCAUCACGGCAAUGUAGCCUCUAUGGACUCGCUGAUGACCUUGAUAUCCAAGACUGUCGACUCUCACAUCUUGCCAGUGCCCCCCGUAUAUCCGAUACCAGGAGAGGGGAGACGGCAACAGGUUACGGGCGCCUGCUGGAGUAUCCCGAUUCCGCAGCGUCUCAUCGGUGAGCUUGUUUCCACCAAAGUUGGGGACGACAUCAUACUCAGCGUUGGACCCGAUCGACAUAAUAGCCUCGGCGGGCCCUUUCAGUCUGUACGCGAAUAUCUUCAAGCUUACAUCAGGGCCUCUAUUGUCGCUUUGGAGAAGCAGGAAGGCAUCCAAGAAUACAAGGACCAGUAUCUGAAGCGGAUCAAGGAUUUUGUUAAUGACCACAUGCACGAGAUUCCGCCGAUUGUGGAGGAUGUCCCUAUUGUCGCCAUGCACUCUGACAUGGGACCUCACAAUAUUAUUGUGUCGAGCCAAACGCCUACGGACUUGGAGGCUGUCAUUGACUGGGAAUUCGUUGCAAGUGCCCCAUUCGCGUCACUUCACCGGAUUAUUGAGAUGUUGUUCCGCGAGUCGGCCGCAAAUGAAUUUGGCCCCGAGUAUGACCGCGCCAGUGAACUUCGCGAGGCUUUCUGGGAUACUAUUCCCGACUGGAAAUUGUGGGUUGAGAGCGAGCCUUGUCGAGUCUUCUUGGAGUGGUUUAGGUUUGGUUUGUUCAUGAAGCCUGAGUGGCGGCCAGAUGAUCUUGCUGAGGAGGAUGCACGAGAAUUCUGGCGGGAAAAUAUUCGGGUCGUUGAAGGCAUGUUGGAAAAGUAUAUCUAG